AUGGAUUUGCAUCAGAUAGAAGUACUUAAGAAAGAUCCUGAUGUUAGAACAUUGGAGAAUGUGUUGAACUGGGUGCUAAUGACGGAAUUAACAACUUCCCAACAAUUGAAAGUUGUCAUGAUCAUCUUAGAUGUUACCGUUCCUCAAAUCUAUAAUCUUACCACUGAUAACAUUAGAAGUUUAGUAGUAAAGGUUUUGCAGUCGAUUGUAGGAGUCAAUGGAAUAAUGAAUAAGAUCCAGUACACAAUACGGACUGAAGGAAAUGUUGAAACAUUGAAAGUCUACGGGACGCUAUUGAGGGAUGUUUUCAAUGAUGAUUUAUUAUGGAAUAUUUCAUCUAGUAAGACGUUAGAGAUCAAUGAGAUCAACAAAUUGUUAUUCAAAGGGCGUUGUUUUUCGAUAUUUCAAGAGAUGAAGACCAAGUUGAAGAUUGAAACCACCGUAUUUGAUGGUGUUGAUCUGUAUAUGUCAUAUUUAAUACAUCAGCUACUCAAAGAGACUAACAGUGAUACUUUCAAUAAGUAUCUCUUAUCAUUGAUAUCGUUCAAUUCCAACAAUAUCACUAUUUUCGAAGAGUUUUUCACUGAAACUAAUUGGGACAUUCUUUGUAAGCAUCAUAAGGCUAUGAAGCAGUUUCAAAAAAAGACAUUAGCCUCAUUCAUAAUAAACAGUUUAGCUCAUAGGUUUGAGGAUAUUGAAAAGGUGGGGCCAGUUUCUAAUAUUGUUCGUCCAUUAUUCAACAAAGACAUCUUAGACAUCCAUUUCAUCAAUAGCACGUUGAAAUAUCAGAACCCUUUCAUCAAUGGGUUAAUAGUAUCGAUGCUCGAUGAACUUAAUCUCGUUCAAUCAAUCUUUCAACCAAGCUUGAAAUCCUGGGGUGAUGCCGUUUUGAUCAAAAAUGAACCCAUAGUCAUACAAGCUUUCAGGACUCAUUUUCUUGUACAAAUGUUAUAUUUCUCCGGAUCUGAAUUGUGUAGUAAUCUUUUAGGGUCUCCCAUAUUUAUUGAUUGUAUUUCCAACAGAUUGGGUUCCUUUUCCAAUACUGUAAAAUUGUUUGGUAUAAUUUUGGCAGAUAAAGCUUGUGAGUUAUGUAAGAAAGAUAAAAUAUUUCUGAUGGGGGAUUUAGAAGGAUAUGAUUAUUUAUUGAAAGAUGAAAGUUAUUUUACUUCUCGAACUGAUGAUAGUUGGAAUAAGGUCAAUGAAGCCAUAAUUGAGGAGCCUGAAGUAGUAGAACAAAUAAAGGAAUUGAAAAUCACCAAGUCUUAUAAGGAUUCUGAUGACGAAUCCGAUAGUGACGAUGAUGAUCCUUCUAUUCAAUCGAGAGUCAAAAUUCCUGCACCCAUAUACAUUAAGGAAUUGAUAAGAUACUUACAGAUAGACACCAAUCAUCCUCAAGCAUAUGAUAUGAGAAAAUUAGCAUUAGUCAAUGGACCAACUUUGAUUAGACAAAAGGCUCAAUUUGGAAUGGAAUUGAAUACUCAUGCGUUUUCAUUACUUGAAACGUUCAUCGGCAUGUCGAACCAUUAUGAGGAAUCUGACUUCGAAGAUUUAAGAUUGAAUGGGAUCAUCUCCUUGUUAGUAUCUCACCCUCCGAGUGGAUUAGACAUAAUCAAAUUACUUGAUUCGGGAGAUUUCUCCCUCCAGCAGAGAAUAUUGAUACUUUCAUCGAUAUCUUUAGCAUGUAGAGACAUAAGAGGUUUCAAAGAUGAACAAGUUACUAAAUCUUACAAGGAAAAAGAGUUUGCAACUAAAAUGUUACCCCCACAAUUACAUGAAAGAUAUUUACAAUUGGACGAUACCAAAAUGAUUGAGCCUCAACCUUUGAAAUCAGCGUUUUUAUCAAUUCAAGAUGAUUUGAUGUCAGAUAAAAGUGAAGACGCUAAAGAUCAGAUAGCUGGAGGUAAGAUUUUAAGAAUUUCAAGGAAAUUAACAAAAGCACCUCAACCCAAACUUCUCCCUCGUUUCAGAGAUUAUCAGAAUGUCAUAUCCAGAAACUUUUAUUUCCCUUUGAUCCAUUUAUGGCAUGAAGUUGGUAAAAUAGAUAUCGGUCAUUAUUCACCCAUCUUCAUUGGUCAUUACAUCAAAACCUUAUCAUUGAUCAUCUAUUGUUGCAACUCUCAGGAUAUGAUCCGUGAAUUUCUUAUUUUAGUCAGCGAGAUACCUUUGUCCGCUGAAGAGAUUCAAAUAAUUGAAGGUAUAGUCACGGGAUUGUUGGUGGUAUGUGAGGUAUACGAUGAACAGAAUCUUAUCAUAAAUUUUGGAGAAAUUAUGAUCAAUUUACAUGAUAAAAUAUCAAAAAUAUGGGAUUAUAUCAUUGAUAACCAACUUAAAAGUCUUUGUGCUGGAUUCCUUAUCAGAUUUACCAAUAUUCUAGAGAAAUAUCAAGGAAAUUUACUCGACAAGAUGAAUAAUUUAUAUUAA